CCAUGGGAGCAGGUCUUACUUCAACGGGCCGCCUGGUUCAAGAAGGCCUUGGAGAACCCUUGGGACAAUCCUGUGCUAAAGAGUUUGAUCAAUCCUAAUAGCGAGCCAGUCACCGAUCAACAGGUGUUAGAAUGGCUGAUCUCCGAGCACGGCGUCGUGCUGGUCACCCGACUUCAGCGCAUGGUUGGCGCGGGCAACUGCGACGACCUGGCACUGCUACUCGCCUCCGCCGUCAUGGACCGCGCACGCGCCGCCAUCAAACGCUUGGACGACGACUGCGCCGACCAGAAAGUCGAAGAAGAAGACAGCUCGUCGUUCAUCGCCGUUUUAGAGAGAGAGGCAAGGUUCACGUCAGAAGAGUGGGAGAUGCUGACGGACAUCGAGCUUGUUCUACUGCUGAAGACCGACAAGCGACCGCGCUGCAUCGAGCUGGCGAAACUCACCCCUCUGAGGCACGGCUACAAAAUGGUGGAGCGGCUUCGCAAACGGCUCGAGGGGUCGCCUCGGGAUAAAAAGCUGUGGAAACACGCGAAAGAGGUCGCCGCCAUUGUCACUCAGGUGAUAAUCGCGCGCUGCAUGGUGCUGAGUAGUUGCGCGGGCGCGGGGCGCGACGCGCUGUACUGGUGCGCGCGCGCGCUGGCGCGGCUCGUGGCGCCCGCGCGCCUGCGCGCCGCCUCCGCCGCGCUCGCCGCGCCCGCCGCCACCGCCCGCCAUCUGCACACCUUCUGCGCCGCGCUCUCUGCCGAGUGUAAGGAGCUAAACACGGACGUGUUGAUGAAGCCGUUCAUAUGCGAGCUGUACGUUCGCUCCAUCACCGCCGGCAUGAAUGAACUAGAGCAGCUCAAACUCAAGCCUGAAAAGGAAUCGGAGGCGCGGCUGUACGAGCAGACGCUGGCGGGCUGGUUCACGCAGCUGGGCGGGCGCCUCACGGACAGCGUGCGCCUGCGCGCCGAGUGCGCGCUCACCGCCUUCAGCGUGCACCCCGCACGCAAGCACUACGAGCGCGUCGCCAGCACCACGCCGCCCGUCCGCCUGCCACAGGCCCAAGAAUCCGCUCCAGAAACCACAUCGGAGUACGGCAGCUGGGCCAACGACAGCCGAACACAGAGCAACCUCGUCAAAACGUCAGAGACCCUUCAGCUGAAGCAGUCCCAGCAGCACCAGGCUAACGUGCUGUCCACUGCUAUCCUUACCGAGGGGGAGGCUUUGGGGUUGGAGCCGGAACUGUGCCAGGAUCUGGCUGUUCUGCUCUCUGGGCCGAGGGUCAAGACUCUGUCGUGGGAUAUGGACAGGGAGGUUCUCCUGGAAAACUGCCGGUCGUACAUGGAGAAGACCCGCGGAGGCACCCGCGCCGUCACCACGGAGCUCAAGUACCUCAACCUGGACCCCAACGCCUACCAGCAUCUGCCCGAGGAGGAGGAUGAUGAGAAUGACGUCUAUUACGGCAUUGAGAAAGGGUAUGAACAUGAGGUCCAAUUCGAGGAGCCAGAAGAGAUAUGGCAAAACGCAUUCUUCGAUCCUGAACAGACGGAAAGUGCUGACGACAGCGAAAUAGAUCGGGGAUUCGGCAAGAAAAAGUCUAAGGCAAGUGUCGUUGAUUCUGAAGACGAAGACCCGCUCAGCACUAUAGCAGACGCCAAGAAGGAAAAGAAAAAACGCGCAAAAGAGAAGGACAAGGAACAGAGAAAGAAGAAGACACACAAACGAGAUGACAGCAAAGAUGGCAGCACGGAGCGACGAAAAGACAAAGAUAAGAAAACCAAAAAGGAGAGAAAGAAAGACAAGUCUGAACAAUCAGCGGCAGGGUCAUUGAACAGUUUACUGGGAAUGAAAGUCGCUAAAGUGUCCUCACCAGUGCAGGAUGGAGAAAAGAGAGUAAGAAAGAAAAAGGAACGUCGAAGAGAGUCCACGUUUAGCUACGUUAGUGUCACUAACAGUGAUCAAAUCUCAGACGAUCAUAGCGUUCUGGUCGAUGGAGUGUUCUCUAUGGACGAACUCAAAUCGCCAGAAAGACUUAGUGCAGAUCGUCAAAAACUAGACAAUACUAAAACUACAAUUAAAAGUGAGAUGCAAAGCCCUGUGAUAAAUGACAUUAAAACACGACCCAUGAGUUCACCAACAGUCACGACGACAAGUAGUGACUCUGAUGUGACGAGAGCGAAAUCGCCUUACUUGACACCUAACCAACUAGCUCACAGACACGUAGUCAACCCACAAGUGAAAUCCAGUCUACACAAACUCCUACAGUUUAGAAGGAACCAAAAUAAACUAAGAGCCGUGGCUAGACCAGCUCCAGCCCAUACUCAAACACAGACCAACUUGGCUAGACCACCCUCAGCCUUUACUCAGACACAUACCAACUUGGCUAGGCCACCCUCAGUCCAUACUCCAAUACAGACCAACUUGGCUAGACCAGCUCCAGCCCAUACUCCGACACAUACCAACAUGGCUAGACCGGAUCCAGCCCAUACUCCGACACAUACCAACCUGGCUAGACCACCCCCGGCACAUACUCAAACGCAAGGCAGUUCACUUGUUGGCAUGAAAAUAUACAAUCCAGAUGAUGUACCUAAGGUCUACUUGAAUAAAAAACAAUGUAAACAGUUGGAAACUAUGUCAAAUGACAUGAAUAAUAUAUUAAAAGGCACUGCUGAUUACAUGCCUAGAACACCUUGUAAAGAGUCUAAAGAUAAACUACAGAGUCAACAGAUUUUAUAUAACUCACAGAAGUAUCCGCAGCAAUACAAUAAUCCGGUGCACAUAUCACAAAACGUGCUGACUGAAAGCCAAAAACUUAGUGAAUACACAACACAUAGUCCCGUAAAAGCUGUACAGAAUGUGAUACUUAACCAGUCACUAAAUAGUACUCAAAUGAACUACGCUUCCCCAGCGAAAACAGCAGAACAUGUGAGGCCGCACGAUCUAAAUGUUACGCCACCGAAGCCAACAAUAGUGUAUCAUCCAUUACACAAAUCCAUGCAAAACUUAUCUUCGGAUAAACAAGAACUUCCGAAGAAACCGCUUCUAAUAAAUGACCCUAAUUACUUCAGUCAGCAGCAUGUAAAAGCUAAUGUUUCACAGCUCUCGCCAAAAAUUAUUAGCAAUACUGUCAUAAAACCACCAAGUCAAAUCACGACGGCUAAAGAUGAUUUCACUAAAUCGCCAGCGAACAGCAAUAUACAUCGAACUUAUAUGUCUAAACCCGCGCAAAAUGUAAAUAGUCAAAUGACGAAUUUGAAUAGCGAGCUUAUGCGAUCACAAACGCUGUAUGAGAGGCAAAAGCUGAGUAAUUCUAUGCAAAAUAUUACAGAGGUACCAGGAUCGAGUUACAAUGCUACAAAAAGACACAUCCCUACACCUCAAGAUAUGCUACAUGGUCGAGCAAGUAAUGCGAAACCGUAUAAUAUUACAUCGCACAGUGAUGCAUUAAAUUCGGCCCAACCCUUGCAUUCUAAUAAUAGCGCACAAACUUGUCGAAGUGGUUCAAUUCAAAACCGAGAGAGAGUUGAUACUAAGACUCCACUUAUAUCAGAAACGAGUGAUAUUGACGAGUUUUUGAAGGAAAUUUACAAAUCUAUACAUGCAGGCGCUGACAAAAAUGUCUCCGUAGCUUUAAAUAAAGAUGUUAAAUUGACUAUUCAAACACCUUCCACAACAGUAAAAAGGACAGAUUUAGUAACUCCUCAAUGUGCCAAACAACAGUUACAACAAAAGAAAACUGAGAAUGUUCCUACCACUUUCUCUCGACUCAGUUACAUGCAUAAGAAUAAGCAAAACGAAAUCAAAGUACCGCUAACAGACUCUAUUAGUGUAGAACUAAACAAAAAGAUAAUUGAACACAAAUUAAGUAAGGCCAAAUGCCUGAAAAAUGAAAUAACAAUAUCUAGGGUCGGUAUAACGAACCCGGAUGCACGAGACCCACAGAAAGUGAUUAGGAGAAUCGACCAAUCUGGCUCGGCCUUAAAGAGAGGUUGUCCCCUACUGUCUAGUAUGUUAGAGUCUACAGGGUCUCCUACCAUUCAGCCUCAUAGCAAUACGCCUACCACCAUUCACAAUGCUGCUGACAAUCUGCCGAAUAGAGAAGACGCGGAUUUACUACUCCUACUGCGCAAUCCAACUCUUAUGAAACCAAGUGUCAAUAUAUACAUAGAUAAUGCCUCAAUAGGGUCUUUAACGAGCGACGGAUCGCACCAGACUCUAAAUCCUCAAACCAAAGUAGAAACUCAAGUUUCGAAACAACAAACAUUAGUGGGCACCAAAGUAAAAAACAUCAAUAUCCUAGACACAUGCUCGACGAAGAAAGAAUCGUCUUCAGAUGAUGAGUGGAAACGGGUUAUGGAUGCUAUAAGAGCCCGAAAAACAGAGCCGCUUGGUCCUAAUGCCUUAGAGCUAGCGCUAAAGAAAGACCCAGGAAAAUAUUCUCAUGGCUGUUCAAGGACAAGUGGCAAGCGUGUGAGCGAGCUUAGACAAAGUUUAUUACAGAAUAAAUCUUCUGACACUAAGAAACGCGAACACUAUAGCUCAAAAGCUAGCUCAACUACUCGUAACCCAAGCACUGAUAAACAUUCCGAAGUACCUAAAAAGCCUAGAAAUGCUGAAGUUAUCAAAAAGACAUCUCCAGAAAUGCUUAAGAAACUUGAUGUCCACAAUAAACAAUCUAGUCCAAAUAUGACUAGGGAAGUUCCUCAUACUUCCGCGAUUCCAAAUUCAGAUUUCGAUAUGCUAGACGAUCUAAUAGACGACGAUUUACGUCGAGAAUUAGGAGAAAUAUCUUCUGAUGAGGACGCUUAUACCGUUCAAACUGCACCUGUGGCUAAAGGGAAAAGUCAUAGAAACAUUCCAAAAUCAAACUCUAUUGUUUCCAAGGCAGCUAGUACGUCUAAGGAUAAAACACACAUUGUUAACCCUAAGACAAACAUACGUAAAAAUCAAACCAAUUCAACUGCAGCAGAUAGUCUCGUCGGUUCUGGCGUGAAUACCUUCUCCACAACUGACUAUACGACUGUGAUAGUAAAUAAUUCUAGUCAUCCAGCUGCAACACAUAUAGAAAACAGUCCAACAGAAAGUAAAUCUGAGACGGUGCAGCAAUAUGCACCAACUACCACAAUCAUAACUGAUCAAGUAGCUCAGAAUACGGCUAACAAUAUAUUGACGCAUAUAGAAGCGCACCAAUAUGUAAACAAUAUUUUACCGACGAAUGUAAUACUUGCAUCGGUGCCACAGUCUGCGCCUGUUGUUGUUAUACGCCAAGAUCUUGUUUACGAUCCAUACCCAACGAUACGUAUCCAUGAGAGUCAAGUGAAUGCUGAACUUUGCGCGAUAAACCAAAAUGUAUUUGCUGUAAACGCAGCCCCUAAUUUAGCAUUAUACCAAACUACGCAGUUUGCCGCGCCGGUCAUAAAUCCAUUUAUUAUCGGCAACGCUACGACUACUACUAAUGUAUCAAAUCCAACCGCAAUGGGAAAUGAACACGUCACUGAAGACUUCGAAAAAGAAGAUUUGGACAUGCCAGUUGAAGAUAGCAUAAGCUUGGAAACUGCACUCAGACUUUCAGAUGCCGUAAGUGAGACUCCCGAACCUCCAAAUCUAGAUUUUAAUAUGAACAGGAAUAGUGAAAGAAAGGUGCUAUCUCAAGUGCAUGAAAAUCAUACGGAUGAUGUCGAAAAGGAAUCUCAUAUACGCAGGUUGUCGAAUGACGAUGUCCCUUUAAAAACGGAACAAGACAAGCAGAGAAUAGAACUAAAGCGCCAGUCCCUUAUAAAUAGAAAUAUAAGUCACUUGGGCGGGCUUCCACCUAUAGCUCUCACGUACACGCCGUUAAGUAAAAAAGUAACUCUAGGAAAGCUUUUACAACAGGAAUCGCCGAAAAACGGCACUGUUAAACCUAAUCCCAGAUUAGUGCCAAGCACUAAAAAUGGCAUUGUAGUGGCAACCGCAAGUGUAAAGACUCCAGCAACUGAAGCGAAUAAUGAAAAUAUAGUUUCUACAGUUCAAGUGUCAAGUGCAAAAGAGAACAAACAAUCUUGCCGUCGUAUUUGGCUAAGAUCAUCUAAUAAGAUAACAAAUAAAAAAGUGGCACCUAUUAAAAGUCCUCGAAAGCCACUUAAUAGAAAUACAAUCAAACUAAAAGUAAAAGAUAAUGCUAUUACGCAUGAGAAUACGACUGUUACUCAUGUAAAAAAUGAAAAUAAAGACAGCAUAAAAAAGACAACGCGUGCUUCAAAUAGAAUACUCAACAAAAAUAAAAAAGAUAAAAAUGAACCCUCAAGUCCAUUAGAAAUGCAACAAAAUGUUGCUGAUACUAACGAACUAAUUGAUUUUGAAGAAGAGCUAAACAGCUCUAUAGUAUUAAAGUCCUCAGUUGCAAUGCUUGAGGCUCACAAGCUUGAAGAUACAUCGAUGAAAGAACUGGAAUCAAAUGAUUCAGUAACAGAACAAGAUAAACAAUUAGAAGUUAUCAAAAAUACUGAAGUCUCAUCUCAAUUUAAUAAGAAAUUGGAACCAACAGUGGUGAUAGAAAAACUAAAAGAUCAAUUAGGCAAUCAACUUGUUAUUAAAAGUACGCCGGCUCACAAGCUUGAAGAUACAUCGAUGCAAGAACUGGAAUCAAAUGAUUCAGUAACAGAAGAAGAUAAACAAUUAGAAGUUAUCAAAAAUACUGAAGUCACAUCUCAAUUUAAUAAGAAAUUGGAACCAACAGUGGUGAUAGAAAAACUAAAAGAUCAACUAGGCGAUCAGCUUGUUAUUAAAAGUACGCCCGCCAAAACAACUGUGAAGGAAGCAAUCGUUAUCGCUAAAAAUCAGAAUUUGACAGUAUUAGCAAAUAAAGAUAUAACUAACGACACUAAAGACUGUGUUAUCGCCAAAAAGUGUACUUCGAAUAAAAUUGAUGUAAAAGCAAUACCCAAAACUUCUGUUUCUGAAGCUACCGGACUUCCGCUUUUUGUUGAUGAAGCAAAUAAGUUAAAGCCAACUGUAAUCGAAGACAUGAAAGUCAUUAAACAAAAUACUGCAGUUGGUUCAACGAUUCUGCUUGAUGAAACUAAUAAAUUGAAUUCGGUGGUAGUUGAUGACCAAAACUGUGUCAAACAAGACCUGGCUGUCAAUUUACCGCUUAAUGAUCAAAACGUGGUUAAACAUUCUGAUACAACAGAAAAUGUACCUACUUCAGUUCAGGGACGUAGUUCUAUAGAUGUCCGAAGAGAUGAAUUUAAAAAUGAUAAGUCAAAAAUAUUGAAGAUUGUAUCGAACACAGAGAUGCCAACAGAUACAACGACGGUCAUCAAAUCCAACAGUAGUAUUAUUUCACCAAAUACACCAAGCACUACGAUGCCAACAAAUGCCGAAAGUAAAAUAAAUAUUGAAACCGAUCCGCAAAAACCAGUGCAACAACCACCCCUAGAGUGCCAUAACGUAAAUAAUAAUCCCGUGUUGGCGGUGGAAGACGAUAUUGUGGAAAUCGCUACGAUGCCAUCAAAUGCCGGAAGUAAAAUAAAUAUUGAAACCGAUCCGCAAAAACCAGUGCAACAACCACCCCUAGAGUGCCCUAACGUAAAUAAUAAUCCCGUGUUGGCGGUGGAAGACGAUAUUGUGGAAAUCAUCGAAACUUCAACAGCAGAAACUCAACAAAAGAAAACGACGGAUGUACAUUCAAAUACUGCAAUACUAAAAUGUAACCCGCUUGAUGAAACUUUGAGUAAAGGGCAACACGAAACGAUAGAUACAAGUAAGUCACUUUUGUGUAAGGAAAAUAUCAAUGAAGUUCUCAAUGAUAAAAGUGCAAAUCAGAACUUUGUCACUGAAAAGGUGGACGAGCGCAAAUUUGUCGAUCGACAGUUAUCAAACCAGAAACAGUCUAAUAUAAAUUCCAAGCCAGAAACACAACAUAACAAUCUUAAAGACAUCGAAAGGCCUGAACUACAAGCAACGCCUAAUGCAUUGAUAAACGCUAGUCGUAAAAAUGUCAUUGGUACUAAAAAUAGUGAAAAGACAGGACCAUACAUGAAAGGAGAUAUAAAAAUUGAAGAAGAAUCUUUAGGCGACCCAAAUAAAAAAAUAGUUCGUAUUUCUCUUCCGAAUGGCAAAGUAAUCAAAGCUACGUUUACAGGUAAAGUACAUGCUGAUUUCGAAUCUUUGUUCGAGCACCCUACCAUGCGAGCUAUGCUAGAGGGACACGCCGGCAAAUACAAUGUGAAUUAUAAACAAGUCCAGAUGAAUAAUGAUACCACUAAAAUAUUUUAUCAAAUUCAGGAUUUACGUAUUAAAGAGACAGACGCUGCGUCUAAACCUAUUGACACUAUAAAUUUAAUCAGCGACGACGAAGACGAGCUACAGACUCGUAGUUUUAACACUGAAUAUGGCAAAUAUUGCACAAAUCAUGAUCAAGAAACAAUUGCCAUACAUCAGAAAAAGUUUGACCAAAGAUGCGAAGUCAAAAUGCUUAAAGGUGACUUAUUUAAAAGCAAUAGAACGAAGCCUAAAUCAAAAUCAUUGAACUCGUUACUGACCAGACAUCAGAGUAAACUGUUAUCUUAUGCAUCAUCUAUGACAAGUAUAAUUACUAAAGAAGAAAUUGAUGCUAAUGCUGAUAACUUAACCCAAGCACAAACGGCACCUACUCCUUUAUUGGCACAAGCUACUCCUAUAGUUUCAGAUACGACUGAUGUCAUCGAAAUUGACGAUUAUUCUAAUGACGGCGCAGAAAGCCAAACACUAGAAUCUGACGAUAAUAAAAACAUAGAGCCUGUAAAGGCCGCGCUGGCGAAUUUAUUGUUACAAGAUCGUGGUGUAGAAACAGGCAAAGUUAAUAACCUCCCUUCUCCUGUCAAGAGUGGAGCCGCUGUUGUUAAUUUGAAGAGCGCACUACUACAAGACCUAGGCAUAGUUCCUGCGGAAACUCCAGUAAUUGACAUAACUGAAAAUGACGACGAGGAAGUUGUCUUUUCAACAGACGUUCAGGAACAAAAUAAAAGUUGUGAAGAAACCAAAACGGUAACUAAUGUUGCGACCGAAGAAAAUAAGGUAAUCAAGAAUGAGGAACAAUAUAAUCUUAAAAAAUGUGUUGUGAAACUUGUUAAAUGCGAAACGCUUAUUAAGAAAUAUGAACUUAUGAAAAAAAUGAAGCAUUGCUAUGUUAAAAUGGAGCGGCUUAAUAACUCAAUUCUUCAAACUGAACGCGUUUGUAGAAGGAGUGAAAAAACAAGUGAUAGAGAAACAGGCGAUAUUAACCAAGACCAUGCUGACGAUUUCAUUGAAUUUGAUGUUGAUGAACCAUGUAGUUCACCACAGUUAUCACGUUGUCCUUCAUUAUCAAUCUUAAAUAGUUGGGAUGAUGACAGUCAACCUUCUCUGGAAAACCCAUACUGUACUUCACCGGUCAUGGAGAUUUACGAUACGUUAGUACAGUUGCGCAAUAAGCUAAAAACUGAAUUGGUCAGAGAAUCUAAAGUACUGCUUCCAUCGACUUGUGAUUCUGAAUGGACCAUGACAAAAUUUGGAUACAGUACUCAAGAAAUUCUAUCAGCGUCAUCUAACGUACCAGUAACAGAACUCCGAAACCUAUUGCCCGUUUGUGAUAACGAUAAAACUGAGAGUGCAGAAAAACUUAUAAUGGCAUUCGAAACACCCAAACUUCUAACGAUAACACUAAAGUUCCUAGAAGAUAAUCCCAAUUUACUAUGCCGUUGGGAAUUUGCGCGUAGAAGAGAAUUAAUUUUAAUAACCAAAUCUUCGCCAAAUAAAUUGAAAAGAAAAGCUGAAGAAGUCGUAGGUGAUAUUGUUUCGAGUAAAGUAUUGAAAUUAAGGACAUUAGCGUUGAAAAGUUUCAAUUCCAGCCUUAAAACUCCUAGUAUGCCCAUCAAGAAAGAAAAUAUGGAGGUCCAGUCAGACACUUUUGAAGCUUACCCCAAAUAUAAAACUACGACUGUCGAAAACAUUGAAGAUGUUUGUCUGAUUGUGCAAACUGACAAGACAAGUAACACUGAUAUGGAUUCGCAAAGUGAGGACAGGAACGAAGAGACCAAUCUACAAGAUACAAAGAUGGUUGUCGAUUCCAUAAUGAGUCCAACUGAUAUUGAAACACUUGGGAAAGAAACGCAAGUAACUACAGAAACGGAAGAGUUGGAACCAGCUCAAUCUGAUACAAUCAUGGGUGACGACAAUGUAUUGCAAUUGAAAGAGGUUCAAAAUAGUGUUACAUGCUUACCUAGCGAUAUUGACACUUUCGACAAAGAUUUUGUACUAGACUAUCGAGAAGUAUCUUCCCCUUCAUUGCUCAGUGAUUAUGUUGAAACUUUUGAUGAAGAAAAUAAAAUAAACACAAAUGUCUUCAAUGAAGAGGUAGUUAACGAUAAUACGCUCUAUUCGAAGGUGAUUACAACGCAAAAUCUAGAACUAAUGUCCCCGCCACCUCUUAGCGAUGGUACCGGAGGUGAUGAUGGAGAAAAACAAACAAAUACAGCCGAUGUUAACGAUCAGUCGGCAAACGAUACACCUACACAUUCGAGGGAUAGCAAUUAUGUCAUAUGUCUGGCAAAAGUUGGAGAUGACAACGACAAACUAACCUCUCCACCACCGUUUAGUAGUAAUAACAAUGAAAAUGGUUAUGAAAAUAAACGAACAAGUAUAAGCGUUAGCAAUGAAGAGACAGAGCUGAAUGACCUUUCACCUUUAAAGGAUGUAGAUAAUUUAGUCGCAUGCUCAACUAAAGAAAUUAACUCGUCAGAAGCCAAAGGUAUUAUAGAGGACAUUCAAGAAGUAACAUCACCAUCGCUCACCAAUAACAAUAAAUUUGAUAAAGAAAUGGACAUAAGUAUUAAUAUCAAUAACGAGGAGGCAGUAAAUAAUGUUUCACAAUCUAACAACGUAGAAUAUUUCGCCGCAUCAUCUAGCGAAACUGAUGGUUUAGACAGAGACAUUAUAGAGGAUAACCAACAAACAACAUCCCCGCUGCCACGUAACGAUAAUGCUGAAGCUGACAGAGAUAAACAUAUGGGUAUUAACUUGAUGGAUGUCAUAGAGGACAGCCAAGAAGUAACAUCGCCAUCGCUCACCAAUAAUAAUGAAUUCGACAGCGAAAAUGAUAUCAAUAACGAGGAGGCAGUCAAAGAUGUAUCACAAUCGAAGGGGGUAGAAUAUUCCGCCGCAUCAUCUAACGAAACUGAAGGUUUAGACAGAGACAUUACAGAGGAUAACCAACAAACAACAUCCCCGCUGCCACGUAACGAUAAUGCUGAAGCUGACAGAGAGAAACAUAUGGGUAUUAACUUGAUGGAUGUCAUAGAGGACAGCCAAGAAGUAACAUCGCCAUCGCUCACCAAUAAUAAUGAAUUCGACUGCGAAAAUGAUAUCAAUAUUAAUAUCAAUAACGAGGAGGCAGUCAAAGAUCUAUCACAAUCGAAGGGGGUAGAAUAUUCCGCCGCAUCAUCUAACGAAACUGAAGGUUUAGACAGAGACAUUACAGAGGAUAAUCAACAAACAACCUCCCCGCUGCCACGUAACGAUAAUGCUGAAACUGACAAAGAGAAACAAAUGGAUAUUAACUUGAGCAAUGAAGAGGCAGUAAACAAUAUGUUACAAUUGAUGGACGUAGAAAGUUUCGACUCUUUCGACAAAGACAUUACUGAUGACCAUCAAGAAGACUUGUCUCCACCGCCGCUUAGCGAUAAUACUCAAACUAGCGAUGAAGAUGAAGCAAACGAUCUAUUACAAUCGAAGGAGGUAGCAAGUUCUGCUUCAUCACCUAGCAAAGCUGAUUUCGGAAAAGAUUUCUCCGAUGACAAUCAAGAAGAUAUGUUUCCUCCACCGCUUAGCGAUAAUACUGAAACUGACGAUGAAGAGAAUCAAAUGAGCAUAAUCAACAUCCACAACAGACAGUCAAAGGAGGUAGAAAAUCACUUGGUUGGCUCACUAAGCGAAACUGACUACUCCAACAAAGACAAGACGGAGGACAUCCAUGUUAGCGAUAAUAGUGAAACUGUUCAUAGUGACGAUCAAAUAAGUAUAGACCUCAGUGAAACUGUCGCUACCGACAAAGAUGCUACAGAGGAUACACAAACAGUAAACUCUCCCAUACCGCUCACCGAACAUACUGAAACUAAAGAAAAACAGAUGAGUAAAAAUGCCAGUAACCAAGAUCCAACUACCGACACUUUGCAUAUAGAAGAAAUGGAUAUCAGUGAUGGAUUGGCUGAAAUCUCUGUAGACGAGCUACCUGAAGUUUGUGAAGUUGUGGUUAUUGCUACAGACGUUCCCGAUAUAGAUAUUGUUGAAACAUUGAUGAACACCAGUAAAGAAAUAACCCAAAUGGCUAAAGAGAAUGCUUCGGGAAUAAAUCACGAUUCGGAGAAUAAAUCACCAGAUUUUAUAGAUAGUAAAAAAAUCACUUUUAACUAUCACGAUUAUACUAAACAGACUACAAAGAAACAAGACGUUACUACAACAAAUUCAAUAAGUAGCAAUAUUACUGACUGCACAAAAGAGAAUGUAACUGAUUUUAAUAUCGAAAGUUUAAGUUUAAGGGAGCAGUCUACAAAGGACACACCAUCUUGUGAAAUAAUAACUAACAAAAAUUGUCCUCUAAAAUCAAAGCCGGAAUGCAAGUACGAGUUAAUUCAAGAAGAUGAUUUCUUAACUGUAAACAUCACAACUGAAAAUGAUGAAGACAAUAACAAAACAAAAGCUGUAUUUUUAAGUCCCAGCGUUGUUGAGGAAGACACAGUUGUCGUUGCGUCGCCUUGCUCUAAUAAUGCUGAUGAUAUCAAUCUCAAAGGUUUUGAGUUUGAAGACGUAUACAUAUUUCCACUAAGCCAAGCAGGCAGCAAUAACAGCAACCUAUCUAACGACAGCCUUGUUCAAGAAUUAAAUAGUGAAAACGCGACUUACGAUGUACCGAAUGAUCUACAUGAUAUCGAUUUUCACGUAAAAGAACCUGAACUGACAUAUUCCCGAAAACGUAAAAUGAGCAUGAGAGACGUAAAAGUUUCAGAAAAGAAAUAUAGGAAAGGUAAAAAUAUUGACUGUUCAAAACAAACGCAAUUCAGCAUGAUCGAAUUAGCCUACAGCAAAGAAUAUAAGCGACUACUAGAAUAUUGUUCGUCAGUUAAGUUUUCAUAUUCACGCCCUUUUCAUAAAGAAUGUAUUGAAAUCGAAGAUCUAAUGGACAACUGGCCCAUAAAUAGCGUUUGUUAUGAUGUCGCUCUAGACGACGUAACUGAUGAACGGUUAUUUGUUGAUUUAGAAGAUUAUGAUUCUUAUCAACCGGAUCCCGCAACACAAACAUUUGUUGAAGAAAUUAGUUACGAAUAUAAUAAAACUGAUGCCGCCCAAGAAGACCCAAAUAUUGAGAUUAGUGAAACAAAUUUCAAUAUGGGUUUUGGUGAGGGGUCCGGCAGAGUCAUCCAAAUUUUGAAAAAACAAAACGAAUCAAAUAUUUCGGCUGCGACUCUGUCGGACGUAAAGCAAUCUCAGCCGGUUUCUAAGUCCGUAGACCCCGACGACUGCAACCAUAUAACAACGAACAACGACGAUGAAAUAAAGAAAAUAAGGCAACAUGUAAAUUUCAUCGAACUACGGGAUAAGGUUCGGCAAUUUUUCAAGAAAUCAACAGUUGAAUUAAAAUCAGACUGGGUAAAGCAAAACACAAAAGAUGAACUUAUACCGGAAGAUUUUCCUUUUGGUCUUUGUAGUUUUGAUUAUGUAAAACCAGUCCCAACAAACGUCAUAGUCCAAGUGGUUCAAGUAGGCCAGCUUCCCGUAAGUGCAGCUGCUCAAAAUCCAGUAACUUGUGACCCGCGAGUGACACAGGUUUCGGACGCCAGUCCUUCCCAGUGUUCAGUGGACAAUAGUCCCAACGAUGACUCUCAAUCUGAAAUAAAAACCGAAUAUACAGAAUUAACAACUGCCGAUUUGUCCUUACCUCUCCAAGAAUAUGCACAGCAAAAUCAAGUUAGUCUCGCAUCUCAAGACAGUAAUGUUGAGCUUAUUGAACAAACGAUUUCACUUGAAAUGGAAAUAAAAGCAGAAGAAAGCCCUGUUAUAAAACAAGAGCUGCCAGACAUCAAAGAGGAGAAAAGUAAUUCUUCUGAUACAGAGUUGCAUACUCUAAACAACGCAACGCCCGAAAAUAUGGAUUACUCAUUCGAAAAUAAUACAGCCAAGUCUGAUGCCAACAGUGUAAAUUAUAACUCUUCUGAGCAAAACAGUUCUGAAACGUUCUCCCAGCAACGUCAACAAAAUGGAACCUCGGAGAAGACGGAUCAAAUCGCACAUGCGAUGAGCGCUGCUGGCAUCACUACAACAGCAGAGGCUGUAACUAACACUAGAGCUCACGCUUUAGUAAAUAUCCUUUCUCAGAAGAUACGACAAGGCACCGUAAAUACCACGCAAACUACCACAAAUACGUACUCGAAGACAUCAAUUAACGCAAUGGCUCUACAGCAAGCCUUAGCCCAAAUUUUGCCCCCACCGUUGAAUCAGACGGGGUCUAGUGAAAACAGCCAGUCACAGUCGACGCCAGUUGGGCCUCAAGUUUUGCAUAUUGUGCAAGGAAAGAAUUCUUCUGGCAAUCAGAUUACACUUGUAGAUAACUCUCAACAGUCUGUUAUAAGCACGCCUAACGCCACCCAGGUCCUGCAUAUCGUGCAAAACAAAAACGCGACAUCGGGCCAAGCUUCAAAUGGAACUCUAACACCACAAGCUAAUUCAUUUAGCGGCCUCUCAUUGGUCGAUGCCGGCCUCCAACAGGGCGGGAACCAACUACUCCAUAUUGUCAACACAGGAAACCAGAAGACUGGUAACCCUGGUCAGUUACUAAAGCGUGUCAAUCUUCUAACGAAUCUUACUAAUGUACAAGGCUCAAAUGAGCAAAAAAUGGUACAAUUCGUGUGCAAGUCUGCGGACGGCAAAGCUAUUCAACUGAACGCACCACAUCAGCGAAGUAUGGUCUUAAGGCUACAGCCUAUUGAGACUCCCAAUGUUCAGGCCCCGGCUACGAAACCGGCGGAGUCUCAAGAACUGAACACAUCACCAACUAGAUCCACUACCAAUAAAGAAAGCGCUAGCCAACAAGAAAUUAAGUCUCGUUCCAUCUACGAAGAAAAUUACGCCAAAUUCAUACAGAACUCAUCCAGCAAAACGCCUGGCUUAGAAAAGUCUACUAGCUUGCCAAAAUUUAACCAAGCUUUUGGCAAACAAGUAUAUCAAGAAGGCAGUCAAAAACAAGGUGAAACUGCAACUAACAAUUCUCAUUUAACACCCGUGAACAACAACUCUGAUAAUGCUGAAUGUCCGGCGAACGAUAAUGCAAUUAACUUGGAGCACAUGGGGAAUAUUUCAAGUCCGCCACUGCUCAUUAGGAAACCAGUAGUGACUACACAAUCGCAAUCCAAUAUCGUGCAACAAAUCAAGCAAACAAUCGCGCCCAUGAACAUUCAAACUAUGCACGGUGGCGUCAUUUACACGCGUCAAAUACCUGUCAAUAUUGGUGGAGGACAAACUAUAAAUUUAAUAACAGUCCCUAGCACAGAGUUAAUAAAUGAUGACUCAUCUAAAACACAAUCGCAAAAUAACCAGGGAGAAAUCGAGCCUUCUAUUAUUAAGAUUGUCCCUCAAAGCCAGACUUCAACAAAUAAUGACAGUUCGCAAGAAGAAAGUAAUAGUCAUGCAAGUGGCUCGAACGAAAAUGCUCAAACUCCUCAGCCACAGCCAGUUUUAACGCAAAUGAGAAUAAAACUACCCAUGUUGAGUAAAGCCCCGCAAAUGGUGCCUGGUGCUAGAGUCGUCAGGCCAUCGUUUUUCCAAAUCCAAAGAAACGUUAUUGGCGGUGCUAACCAACCGGUAUACCAACAACUUGUGUUAACGGCCGCCCCGCCGUUGGGCCAACAAACGAUUAGAUUGCCAUCUCAAGCAAGCCGCCCCGUUAAAGUGCCUUCUGAAAAUCAAUCGUCCUCUUCUGAAUCUCAGAUGAGCUCGUCCACAUUAGAACAGCUGCGAGAAUUCGACAUGGUUUUAGAACAAGUGAAAGAGAGAAGCACAUCGACGCCAAGUGCAAACUCAAACAAUAGCUCUUUUAAAAUACAUUCUUCAGACACUACCGAUGGUAACGCUUCUAGCAACUGUUCUACAGAAUCAACCUCACAAGUGCUAUACUCUAUCGGAAACAAUCAGUCACUAAAUGUGGCUUAUGUUAACAGAAAAACUACUGUGACUACUCCGACUACGUCAACCUACGUGCGUUCGCCGGACUCCUCGGGUAUCGCAGAUUCACCGACAUCUUCGACGCACGCAAUAACUCACACUGUGACCACUGACUCAUCCCCCACGGAAAUGUCUUCCCAAUCAAAAUCGAAAGUGGGCUCUAAAUCAAAAUCGAGACCGAAAUCGACCUCAAAUCCACCGAACACUCUUAAAUUGAGUUCCUCUGUUCCGCCGAAGCCUUCAUCGCAGAAACCUUUAGAAGACGAGCAAACUACCCAAAGGAUACUGUACAUACUGGCUGAAUAUAAAGAGCAAGUUGAAAACUCACCAGAUAAAGAUAAACCUGCACCACGUAGGAGGUCCAAUCCGCCUUCGAACCCAGGAUCAUCGAAACGCAAGAAGAGUUCCAGCUCACGUCGAUCGGGUACGAGGGAUAUGAGUCCCGUUCACGGUGAAGACACCUGCCGCACGAUGGGCUCGGAAGACAGUAGCUGUGGUACUUCUCAAGGGGACUGUACAGAAAGCUGCCUAGACAGUCACUCUCCACAAGACAGUCCGCGUAAAGUGGCCCGAAAGAUAACCUUUGAUCAAGAUCUGACGGUCACUCAACCUCGGCCGCAACCUCAGAGAAAUGUUAUAGUAGCUGACGGGCAGACGAUCACCGUCGCUCGCGGGACCACUGGAAAACCAGCCACUGCAGUUCUGAUGCCAGCUAACUACAUCUUACCAGUGUCUAUGGUGAAAGGCGGUCAGCAGAUCGCUAUUGUAACCAAUCGAGGCCCGAAAUUAUUGACUGUUGGAGGCGAAGGCGGCGCGACCAACGCGCUGCUGCUUCAGCGGUUGAUAGGGCCGGCGGGUUUAAAGCCUGUGUUAGCCCGUCCGGGGGUUCGACACGUGAGGCUACCUACGGCUGCCUUACAUAACCUUCAAGCGUUUAACUUGGCAACAGCGACAACGGUUCAGCCUCCAGACAGCACAGCGUCGCCGACACCGGGUCCAACGCCUCCUGAGCUCGUCGAUACGCGCGCCACCAGCUCACCCUGGACUGAUCGGGACGAGGUGAAGCCGGAGCGCAGCUCGAGCCCCGAGGGCUCGGAGCCCUGGAACCUUCCAUCCACCGACGCGCACGAUUAUACCUACGAAGAGACCGUGCGCACUGACAACAUGGACAGAACCGUGCUGGAUCAGAUCCCAGAUCGAUACAGUCCCGAUAUGGAAGCGCAAAGGAUAUUUGAUAAGAUGUUCGACGUAGACUCGAAAAAGUCAUACGCCGUCGAUUCGCCGCGUUGCGCGUACGAUAUAGACCCGUCCGAUUGCGACGAUAAGGCCUACCAGGUUGUGCAAAAGAAAGACGGUUCGCAGAGGCAACACAGGCUUGCCCACGUGUCGGCCGCCGCCCUGAGACACAAGUACGCUAUACUGGAACACGAGUUGAGAUUACAAAAAUCUUUAUCGGAGGAGUGCGAAGACUUGGGAGUAGACUCCCCCUCCGCAUCAGAGCUGUUUCCCGAGGCGGAGUUGCUCUUUGCAAACUCGCCUGCUCAUGAGCAAAACCAAGAACAUCAUUCGCACACCCCUCAACCCCUCCAAAGCUCAAUACCCCAACCGGACAUGGACGACCAAAUCGCCACAGACCACCUGAUCCCGCGCGAGAUCGACGUCAGUCUCGGCCUGGGUGACGUCGGCAUAGUGGCCGUCAGUGAAGACGGCAGCGCCACUAUAGCGUUGGAUCAGGAGGAAUUUGCGAGGGCACAUCCCAAUACGACGUUCCAUAGCGAACCGACGGAAGGAGAGGUGCAACCCUUUACGAUAGCCGGGAUCAAAGGCCGCCACAUCACUUCAACGAUAUUCCACUCCAAUAGCGCGCCAGCCACCGUGCUAAUGACCGCUCCUCAAGCCACCGUCAUCUCACAGGCUCCAGAGCACAGCGUCAAGUACGAGAUAGAAAACAUGAUCAACUCCAUGCCUAGCUCCCAUAACAAUGACAUUAACCUCUCCUCGGUCCUGGUGAAAGAUGACGGUUUGACCAGGUUCGACAAUAUUCUCACAGACUCCAGGGAACUGCAUCUGACCAACACGGCGUCCGCCAUUGUGCAUUCCUCGGGCAACGCCACACAAGUCAUCAGAAGGGUCUGCUACGAGGACGACAAGAGAGAAAGAGACGCUAGGUACCUUAUCGACGAACCUGAUAAUUUAAUCGCGGGCGAUGACGCGAAAAUGAUCGCCGAAGACAGCUCCAGGGAUGCGACCCUGGAGUCGAUGGCCGACGUAGACGACGAUAGGUCCAGCCCGGAGCGGCACGCCGAGCUGUUCUGGGAGUCCAACUCGGCCUCCGAACGCUCCGAAAGCCGGCGGCCUCUCGACUUCAGCAGCGACAGCGACAAAUGUUGCAAGAGUCCGUCUUUCGACGAGACCAACUCGACGGAUUCGAGCGGCGUCGGCGCUCACAUGAGGCUCGACUCCGUGAUUAAAGAGGCGCGGGGCCGGGACAGCGGCGACGGCUCGUCGGCGGACGACGCGCACCCCCCGCUCCGCACGUACCCGCCCAAGCGCCCCUACCACCCGCUGGAGGGCGCGGCGCGGAGCCUGUCCGGCAAGACGCGCGCCGGCGAGCGCGAGCCGGACAGCCUGGAGGGGCGCCGGCGCGCGUCCGGGCGCGGGGUGGUGAAGCGCGGCUGCCACUGCUGCAACGGCUCGCCGGCGCCGCCCCGGCCCAAGAAGCCGCGCCAGCGGAAACCCACUCUAGACUUCAAUACCGACAACUGAGAGCCGCGGUCCGUCCGCUCGACUGAUAUGCGAUCUCAACCGCGAGGUUCCGACUCUUUUGUAGGUGUAAUAUAAUAAAGUUGUUGAAUUGUUUUGUAUAUAAUUUUUAUAUGUAAGUAAGCGUUGGCCCCGUUCGCAGCAGAUUCGAUGAGUGAUUUAUUUUGUUGAUGUUUUAGUUUUAAGUUCAAGUGGUCGAUUUCUAGAUGUUAAAAGUAUGAUUUUCCGCGAAGUCUCGUCACCGGUCGGUUCAAAUAGGGUAUCUUAUUUUUUUAACGGUGCGUACCGAAUGAUUUGUGAGACUUUUGUAUUUAAUUGUUAACAUUUUCUUCGUGUAAUAUAUCCGUAUACAUAUUGUAUUGAUAUGUACUUGUAUAAAAACGUAUUUAGAAUAACCUCCAUUUUAGUGUAAGCGUUUCCGAUAGUGAUUACAGGCCAUACUCAUUGUGAAUUUAUUCCUUUACGCAUUAAAUGUAACUUUAAUUUUACGUGUAGUCGUGUUUUUCGCUCAGCGUGUCUCGUUUCGCCUCCAUCCGUACGUCCCGAAAACUGUAUCAUACCGUAGCUUAAGUCAACUUAAGUCGAUUACCAACUUCCAAGGGAAAACUGCACAAAAUGAUUUUUAACUACGUCUUGACUGCGAUUUAUUUUUGAGACUUGAUUUUUCUAAAAAAUAAACGAUCGGUGCCAAACCGUAGUCAACUCUGCGCUUGCGUUCCGUGGACGCUGCUCCUUAAACUGGUUUAACUAGAGAAUAUGUUGAUUUAGUGUGAAUUUGGUAUUCAUAGUGUAAAAGUAAAUUGUGUAAAUAAUAGAUUUUGUCCCCCAAUUUUGUUUCGGGGACCGUCUAGUCACUAUACCGGUAAUAAUAGUAUAAAUGUGUUGGUUCUGGCCGAGAUAGGUCUAACUCCAACAGGCAUUGCGCAGUAAUGACGCUUUUGUACAUAAUGCCCGAGUUUUGAGCAGCGCAGUUACUCGGGUGACGCAUUGUACAUAAAAGAAUGUGUUAACAUAAGCCUUACGGCCGUAUUAUAGUGAAAUGUAAUGUAACAGGCGUCUUUACGCCCGACUCAAUAUAAUCCAUAGUUCAGAAGUUACUUCAGUAGACGUAUAAAUAGUGUAUUGGUUAAUGUGAGAUAGUUUCUAAUCGUCGAGCCCUGAGGCAAUAUUUUCUCGGAUUUAUGACUAGAGGCACUUAUCGGUCUUUCGAGAAAUUGUCAUAUUUUUUUCCGGGUAUCCGCCAUUUUUAAAAUUAAGGUUCAAAUUUUGUAUAAUCAAAUUGUUAUUGUUCAGUGGGCGACGGCUCUACGAUAUUAUCUACGAUUUCAGUAUUCCGUUAUGUUAUUUUUUCACAUACUUACAUAAGUAGAAGUUUAUAAAAAUGAUAGAUAUACAAUGGAACUAACUGUGUAUAGGUUUCAUCGUUUAUUUUUAAAUCACCAGAUUGUGUUUCCGUGAAUUUAUGUGAACAUUAUUUUUUAAAAAUGCUAAAGAGAAAAUGAUCAUUAAAACUUAUCUAUUAAAUAA